AUGUGCACAUUUUUACGUAAAAAUGAUAGAGAUAUGCACCAUGAAAAUUUAAGAGUAAGUUUUGGACUUUUCAAUUAUUUCAAAAGAAAAAUAGUUCAUUUUUUCAGUAUUUUUGCAAUUUCGUUAACAAUCAAAGAACGAAACACAGAUUAUCCCAAAAAAAUUAGUUGACAUCUACAUUGUCGAAAUGAAAUUUCAAAACUUUUUGAGAAACCCUGCAGACCUUCUAUGUGGGAUUCAAAUUUUUUGAAAGUGAGUUAUAAAUUUUUUUUUUCAUUAAUUUUUUAAAGACCCAGAAAAUAUCUCUGCUUCUCCAACCAAUUUUGAUAUAAAAUACAUAUAUGAUUUCAUUAUUUUCGGAAAAUUUCCAAAAUAAAAUCAAUAUUUCCUUCAUCCCUCUUCUAAAUGUUAAUCUCUUUAUCUCCAUGACAACAAAUCCAAAUCUCCCCAUUUUUCAGCUGCCAUUUUCAUUCUUCACAUUCUAAACAUGUAAAAUCGACAUCUAAACUGUCGAAAUAUUUUCCCACAAAUUUUUCUUUAUUUUAAGAAAUUCACAAGUAAGUUAUCAUAAAUCAAAUAUAUUUUUUCAAUCAUUGAUUUUUUCCAGAUUGGCCACUUGGAUUACGUUUUGAACGUAUGCCUAUUUUGGAAUACAGGAAUCACAAAAAUAUUGCGGAAAUUCAGAAAAUCAAUUAGAGGUUGAACUGUUCUAAUCUUUUAAUCAUGUUUUGAGAAAUAAAAAUUUUUGACCAGAAAAAAUUGUUUGUGUUGGGAACUUCGGAUUUUCAGGAAAAUUAUUCAGAUUUAUUUAGGCUUGAAAAAUCCAAGUCUCAAGCCUUAAAUCUAGGCUUAUUUAGGCUCAAAGUGUCCGAGUUUUCAGGAUAAAAAACUGGGCCAGAAAUCUGAAUUUUCAGACUCAAAUCUAGGCCUUCUUAGGCUCAAAAAACAUUUUUUUCACGAAAUCCUUGAUCUUCAAUUUUUCCUUAUCAUUUUUUCAAAAUGAAAAUAAAUAUAUCCAGAAAAAUUUCGUUGACCUUUUUUCAAAACAUUUUUUCCCCUCUGCAGAUGGCAUGAUUUUUCAGGAUUCAAAAAAAAAUAUUUUUUGAAAAAUAGUUGGACAUUGUACCAUUGAAAUCCAAUAUUUUUAUCAAAAAUAAAACAAUUUUUUUUACAAAAAAAAAGUGCAUUGUUUAUUUUUGUACCAAAAAACUGAAAAUUUGGUGUUCGAUUUCUUUUUUUACCUCACAUACUUUUUUUUGGGAAAAAUAUUUGGAAUAAACAAAUUUUGAGAGAAAAAUUGGAAAAUCUGAAUUGAAAAAAAGAAUUUCAUGCUGAAGUUUUGGAUUGAAAAUCUGUAUUUUUGAGCACAGAUGGGCCUAUAUAUUUGGUCCGAAAAAUUGGAUUUUUUUGAACCCAAACAAGCCUAGGUUUGAGCCUGAAAUCGGGCUUUUUUCGAGCCCGAAUGAGCCUACAAUUGUCAGCCUGAAAUUCAGAUUUUUUAAGCCCAAACAAGCCUAGGUUUGAGCCCAAAACAGCCUACCUUUUUCAGCCUGAAAUUCAGGUAUUUUAAGCCCAAAAAGCCUAUACUUCUCGAGCUGAGAACUCUGAUUUUUUCAACCUAAAGAAGCCCAGAUUUGUGAGCUUAAAUUGGAUUUUGAAGCUUUAAAUUUUUAGACUUCUGAAAUUAUGUAAGAUUAGUUGUCAUGCAGCUUAACAUGAGCAAUUUUCAUUUUUCCAAAAUAAAAUCAAUAUUUCCCGUCAUCCCUCUUCUAAAUGUUAAGCUCUUUAUCUCCAUGACAACAAAUCCAAAUCUCCCAUUUUUCAGCUGCCAUUUUCAUUCUUCACAUUCUAAACAUGUAAAAUCGACAUCUAAACUGUCGACAUAUUUUCCCACAAAUUUUUCUUUAAUUUAAGAAAUUCACCAGUAAGUUAUCAUAAAUUAAAUAUAUUUUUUCAAUUAUCGAUUUUUUCCAGAUUGGCCACUUGGAUUACGUUUUGAACGUAUGCCUAUUUUGGAAUACAGGAAUGACAAAAAUAUUGCGAGAAUUCAGAAAAUCAAUUAG